AUGGCUCCGUACUUCAAAAUGUAUGACCAGCGUCCAGGGCUGGAUAAGGGCUUCCGGCGACGUGCUAGCUCUUCGGCACACCCGCUCCGAAUCAGGCUACAAACCUACCAAGUCGAUCAUCUCCCCUUCUACCAUGCUAUAUCUUAUUGCUGGGGCGAUGGUCCAGCCGAUAGAGAAUGUCGCUGCGACGAUGACACCUCGGCGGGCAGUCUGUGGUUGAGCGAUAAUCUGUGGCAAGCUUUAAAGCAGAUUCGUCGAAUUGAUGCGGAUGUUCCAUUAUGGGCUGAUCAGCUUUGCAUUGAUCAGCACAAUGAAGAGGAGAAGACACACCAGGUGCAGCUGAUGAGGCGGGUUUUUGGUAGAGCCUCGCAGGUUAUUGUGUGGCUCGGUGUUGCGGAUGCUCAGACAGCCCUGGCAUUUGACCUUAUCGACAAUGUCGCGAAACAAGUUGUGGAUCAGGUGAAGAAGCUGGGAAAUAAUUGGAAGCGGAAUAUUAGAACGGAAUAUUACCCGCUUGAAAUAAGCCCAGCAGACUCUCCGGAAUGGUCGGCUUUUAGGGGUUUAUUCAGCCGUCCGUGGUUCUCCAGAUUGUGGGUAUUUCAAGAGGUCGUUUUAUCUCAAGAGGCGCGCAUAGUCUGUGGACAAUUCUCCACAUCUAUCCAAAAGUGGACAAUGAUCUGUGAAGUGGCGGAAGCUCUCGACCGUCGAACUACGGACCACCUUGCAAAUCUCAAGGAGGUGGACGGGCUCGCGGGCUAUAUAUCAGUCUGCAACUCAAUGAAUUCUAGUUGGUUCAAAGCUACACUCAUCCGCCAGGCAGCUCCUUAUUGCUUCGAGCUGCUUAACUUGAUGAGAGUCUUGGCGGGACAAAAAGUUUCACUACCUCAGGAUCACGUGUACGCCUUGUUGGGAGUUGCUGAGGACGUGGAGCCACUGACGUUCCCUGUCAACUAUUCGCAACCCUUUCGGGACUUAUUUGUCUACAUCACCAAGUUCUUUGUGAAGAGGUACUCUGACUUGUCCGUUCUCACACUGGUCAGCAUUGGUCCUUCUUCCAAGGUAGCUAGGUCCGGACCAAGAGAAUUGCCAUCGUGGGUACCCGAUUAUCGUUUUGAGGCCCACCGAUAUAAUGAACGACUCACCUCAGGCCCCAAAAGUGUGAAACAUGGCCUUGAUCGCCAUUACAACUCUACAGGCUCGAGCCGAGCAUCUGCCGUGCUUGAAAGAACCCUGACAUUAGGCGUUAAUGGUGUUUAUGUGGGCACAAUCCAGGUGUUAUCGGAACCGGACAACAACUUGGAAGACGGUAAGGGUAUUGGUGAUAAUGUGCUGAACGACGGACAGUGGUCGCAAAUCGUAAAUUCUUAUGCGCCUGACAAAAUCUAUGGACCAACUGGUGAGCAUAUUAGCAUAGCUUACGCGCGUUUGAGACUCACAGAUUAUCUCCCUGGCGAAAACGAGGCUGUACACCGCUCAGCUAGAUUAGCGCCUCCUACAAGAAUUCCAGAACCUAACCCGAGCUCGUUGAUAAGCAUACCCAAUGGUGAGCCGCUUCUACGUUCCGAUGCUGGAGACUUUAUGACGGCUUGUAUAAUCCAAUCCACGACAAGGCAGCGGCUUUUCAUAACUGAUUCAGGCUAUAUGGGCCUGUGUCAUCAGAGUUGCGUACUCGGAGAUCAAGUGUGGCUGCUAAUGGGCGGUGACAUGCCCUUCAUCCUUCGUGAGCUCGACAACGAGCCCGUCACUCACCAAUUUAAAGGAGAAUCCUAUGUACACGGCAUCAUGGAUGGCGAGUAUCUGCUCAACAAGUUCAAGAGCGGUGGCGAAUUGAGCGACAAGGAAUGGCUCAACAGCCUUGCAGAUGCGCUGCCAUUCGAGACCGAAAACCUGGUCCUUUCUUGA